GUUUCCCCCUUUCGGCUGCCGACGAAGUGACAGGCGGAGGAAAAUGCUGAGGUGCCGCCGAGCCGCUCCUGCUGGCGGCCGAAGCGGGUGGCGGGCUGCGCUGGGGCUGCCUUCCCUGAGCAGGAGCGGCGGCGGCGGCGGCGGCGGCGACGUUGGUCCUGGCAGCCUUGCCCGGGAGGCGAGUGGAGGGGCGGCGGCGCCCGGCUGUGUGUGAGCGCCCAGCGCAGCGAGGGCGAGGACCACCGAUUCCCGAGAGACGCGCGGAGAAGACCAAGCUUUAGAAAUGAUGUGUGAAGUGAUGCCCACGAUAAACGAGGACACCCCGAUGAGCCAAAGGGGGUCCCAGAGCAGUGGCUCGGACUCGGAUUCUCACUUUGAGCAGCUUAUGGUGAAUAUGCUAGAUGAGAGGGACCGUCUCUUGGACACACUUCGAGAGACGCAGGAAAGUCUUUCUCUGGCCCAGCAACGUCUCCAGGAUGUCAUCUACGAUAGAGAUUCUCUCCAGCGGCAGCUCAACUCUGCACUGCCCCAGAUGACGGUUGCUGCUGGUACGAACAUUGAGAAUAACAUUCAAAGGACCAUAUCCUGCCCUAAUAUGAACAAUGCAGACCAAUGCAGCUACUGUUCUGGAAAACAGGAAUUUGCUGCACUUACAAAAGAGCUAAAUGCAUGCAGAGAACAACUACUGGAAAAAGAAGAAGAAAUUUCUGAACUGAAAGCUGAAAGGAAUAACACAAGACUGUUACUGGAACAUUUGGAGUGCCUUGUUUCAAGACAUGAAAGGUCACUGAGAAUGACAGUGGUGAAACGGCAAGCACAGUCCCCCUCAGGAGUCUCCAGUGAAGUCGAGGUUCUGAAAGCACUGAAAUCGUUGUUUGAACACCACAAGGCUUUAGAUGAGAAGGUAAGGGAACGGCUGAGGGUUUCUUUAGAAAGAGUCUCAGCACUUGAGGAGGAACUAGCAGCUGCUAAUCAAGAGAUUCUAGCGUUGCGUGAACAAAAUGCACACAUUCAAAGGAAAAUGGCAUCAGGGGAGGGUCCUACUGACUCAGAGCUUAUCAAAGGAAUGGAGCCUGGACAAAAAGUUCAUGAAAAGCGUCUGUCAAAUGGCUCCAUAGACUCAAAUGAUGAAACCAGCCAAUUGGUGGAACUGCAGGAACUUCUUGAAAAGCAAAAUUAUGAAAUGGCACAGAUGAAGGACCGCUUGGCUGGAUUGUCUUCCAGAGUCGGGGAGGUAGAGCAAGAUGCAGAGACAGCUAGGAAAGACCUCAUUAAAACUGAAGAACUGAACAGCAAAUAUCAGAGGGACAUUAGGGAGGCAAUGGCUCAGAAGGAAGACAUGGAAGAAAGGAUCACUACCCUUGAAAAGCGUUACCUAAGUGCUCAGAGGGAAUCUACCUCCAUACAUGACAUGAAUGAUAAGCUGGAAAAUGAGCUGGCAAACAAGGAAGCUCUCCUGCGUCAGAUGGAAGACAAAAAUAGACAGCUGCAGGAACGGCUUGAACUAGCUGAGCAAAAGCUGCAACAAACAAUGCGGAAAGCUGAAACGUUGCCUGAAGUGGAAGCUGAACUGGCUCAGAGAAUCGCAGCACUGACUAAGUCUGAUCCAACCUCUUCUACCUCAUCUGAUGAUUAUCAAUAUGUUAUGGAAGCUAAACUGCAAGAAAUGAUCUCCAUACGUAGGAAGGCAGAAGAAAGGCAUGGCAACAUUGAAGAGCGCAUGAGACAUCUGGAGGCCCAACUGGAGGAGAAGAACCAGGAGCUUCAAAGGGCAAGGCAAAGAGAAAAAAUGAAUGAAGAGCACAACAAGAGAUUAUCAGAUACUGUGGACAGACUUUUGACAGAAUCUAAUGAGCGCCUGCAACUACAUUUAAAAGAGAGAAUGGCAGCAUUGGAAGAAAAGAAUGUUUUAAUACAAGAAUCAGAAAGCUUUAGAAAGAACUUGGAAGAAUCAUUACAUGAUAAGGAAAGAUUGGCAGACGAAAUAGACAAGCUGAGAGUUGAACUUGACCAGUUGAAAAUAAGAGCAGGUUCUUUAAUUGAUCCCACGUUGUCAAGAACACAUCUUGAUUCAUCAGCAGAACUGAGGUACUCUGUGAGCUCCCUAGUUGAUAGCCAACCAGAUUAUAGGUCUACUAAGGUGAUAAGAAGACCAAGAAGAGGCCGAAUGGGAAUCCGGAUAGACGAACCAAAGGUGAAAUCCCUUGGAGAUCAUGAAUGGAGCAGAAGUCAACCGAUGGGUGUUCUGAGCAGCCAUCAUUUUGAGAGUGACACUGAAAUGUCUGACAUUGAUGAUGACGACAGAGAUACAAUAUUUAGCUCCAUGGAUCUUCUGUCGCCAAGUGGACAUUCUGAUGCCCAAACCCUUGCUAUGAUGCUUCAGGAACAACUGGAUGCAAUCAACAAAGAAAUCAGGUUAAUCCAAGAGGAAAAAGAAUCAACGGAAUUGCGUGCUGAAGAAAUAGAAAAUAGAGUAGCCAGUGUAAGCCUAGAAGGCUUAAACCUGGCCAGGGUCCACCCUGGCACAUCUAUUACUGGCUCCAUUACAGCUUCCUCCCUUGCAAGCUCUUCUCCUCCAAGUGGGCAUUCUACUCCAAAACUCACUCCCCGCAGCCCAGCCAGGGAGAUGGAUCGUAUGGGCAUCAUGACACUGCCGAGUGAUCUCAGGAAGCACCGGAGAAAGAUCGCAGUCGUCGAAGAAGAUGGGCAUGAAGACAAAGCCACAAUAAAAUGUGAAACCUCCCCUCCUCCAACACCUAGAGCCAUUAGAAUGACUCACACUCUACCUUCUUCAUACCACAAUGAUGCCAGAAGUAGCUUCCCUGCAUCCUUGGAGCCAGAAAGCAUUGGUCUUGGCAGUGUCAGUAGCAGCCAGGAUUCCCUACACAAAGCUCCCAAGAAGAAAGGAAUCAAGUCUUCAAUAGGACGUUUGUUCGGUAAAAAAGAGAAGGCUCGACUUGGACAGCUCAGAGGUUACAUGGAAACAGAAGCCGCAGCACAGGAAUCUCUGGGAUUAGGCAAACUGGGAACUCAGGCAGAGAAAGACCGAAGACUAAAGAAAAACACAUCUGGGCAUGAACUCCUGGAGGAAGCUCGGAGGAAGGGCUUGCCUUUUGCACAGUGGGAUGGGCCCACAGUGGUUGCAUGGCUAGAGUUGUGGCUGGGAAUGCCCGCCUGGUAUGUUGCUGCUUGCCGUGCAAAUGUGAAAAGCGGUGCCAUUAUGUCUGCCUUGUCAGAUACCGAAAUUCAGAGGGAAAUUGGAAUCAGCAACCCUCUUCAUCGCCUAAAGCUCCGUCUGGCAAUCCAGGAGAUGGUAUCACUCACAAGCCCAUCGGCCCCUCCGACAUCUAGAACGCCCUCAGGCAAUGUUUGGGUGACCCAUGAAGAAAUGGAAACUCUUGCUGCUCCAGCUAAAACGAAAGAGAAUGAGGAAGGCAGCUGGGCUCAGACUCUUGCUUAUGGUGACAUGAAUCAUGAAUGGAUUGGUAAUGAAUGGCUUCCUAGUCUGGGAUUGCCACAGUAUCGAAGUUACUUCAUGGAGUGUUUGGUAGAUGCAAGGAUGUUAGAUCACCUGACAAAAAAAGAUCUCCGGGUACACUUAAAAAUGGUGGAUAGCUUUCAUCGAACAAGUCUGCAGUAUGGAAUCAUGUGUUUAAAGAAACUGAAUUAUGACCGACAAGAACUAGAAAGGAGAAGAGAAGCAAGUCAGCAUGAAAUAAAAGAUGUGUUGGUAUGGAGUAAUGACAGAGUCAUACGCUGGAUACAAGCAAUUGGAUUGCGAGAAUAUGCAAACAAUGUGUUAGAAAGUGGGGUGCAUGGAUCGCUCAUAGCCCUGGAUGAUAACUUCGAUUACGGCAGCUUAGCUUUGUUAUUGCAGAUUCCAACACAGAAUACACAGGCACGGCAGAUCCUUGAGAGAGAAUACAACAAUUUGUUAGCACUAGGAACAGAUAGACGACUUGAUGAAAGUGAUGACAAGAAUUACAGGCGAGGUUCUUCCUGGCGAAGACAGUUCCCCCCACGUGAAGUCCAUGGAAUCAGCAUGAUGCCUGGCUCCUCAGAAACACUGCCAGCUGGGUUCAGAUUAACUACAACAUCAGGACAGUCACGAACAAUGGCAACUGAUGUGGCGUCAGCGCGGUUGCAGAGACUAGACAGCUCGACAGUUCGCACGUAUUCGUGCUGACAAGGCUGGCAUGGAGAAAAGGACGGAGGUGAACUCAUAUGCCAACUCUUCUACUUUACCUGAAGUGCACUACCACCAUGUUACGAAAAGAAGCUUUUUAUUCAAGAACAGGGUAUAAGGAAGUACACUAGAAUAUUUUAUCAGACUAAAACUACAUGGAGAUCUUUUUACAAAUUGCGUUUUAAGGUGCCACCUACCAAGUACUACCAUCAUGCAACUCUUAACUCAUUUCAAUGGAGGUAAAUUGAAAUGACUAAAGAAUGUGCAACACAGUACUGGCUGGACUGCACCCAUUGGGUAGUUCAAUAAGGUAAUAGUUACUAAUUAAGUUUUUU